UGAGAGUGAAAAUGGCGGCAACCACAGACGAAGAGAUGAACUCUCUCAUCUCCACCGUCGACCAAAUCUACCAGGACUUCAAGACCGGCGUAGCCGAGAUCCAGUCGGCCAAGUCCACCUGCAACGCCGAGGCGAAGAGGCGCGAGGCUCUCGAAUUCACCUGCAACAAUCUCAAACUAGAGAAUGAGCGGUUGACCAGAAUGUACACCGAGUCGCUGACCGACCUAGCGGAUCAGCUCGAACGGCAUAGCACGUGGCAGGGCUUAAAGGAAGAGCUCAAGAGAGUCAGGGAUGAGUGCCUUGGUAAAGAAGAAGAGCAUCGGAAGGCGAUGGAGUUGGUUAAGCAAGAAUGUGCGGCCAAGGUCGAUGAAUUGGAGGCUCAGAUUAGGGGGUUUCUUGUUGAAAAGGCGAAAAAUGAAGCAACCAUUGAUCACCUUCGACAGGAUUUAGCUGCACAUAAAUCCCAUAUGCAUGUUAUGGCAAGCAGGUUGGAUCAAGUCCAAUUGGAAGUGGAAACAAAAUCAGAUGCUUUUGAGAUCCAGGAUUUGAGGGACUGUCUUGCAAUUGAACAGGAGGAGAAAAUGGAGUUGAAUAGGAAACUUCAGGAUUUAGAGAAAGAAAUAUUAGUCAGUAGGUCAAAGCUUGUUCAACAGCAGGGAGAUUCGAAUUCAAAUGGGCAGGUUGAAACCCUUAAGAGCAAGCUCAUGAAGCUGAGGAAGGACAACGAGAUCUUAAAGCGCAAACUACAUUCAGAUGUGGGCUAGAGGGCCAAUAGCCCAAUACAAAGCAUUUGCAUUAUGAAAUCAGCUAUUCUUGUCACCCUUGUGACUUUUCUGCACAGCACUAAUGCAAAAGGCUUGUACAGCUUUAAAUGUUGGUGAUCUUUAAAGAUGUUUGACUGGCCGUUUUUCAUGGCUUGGACAAAGAGGUUGAUGAAAUCUUGUUCUUGUACAUCAAACUGA